UGUUAUCAUCAUUACGUCAUUACUGCUCAGCUGUGUUUGUGAGUUCGUGUGUUGGUCAGUGGAUGUGUUCAAUGGUACAUGUAGGUCAACAAAAGCCAUGGCAUCUGUAGUCUUCCGCCCCUACCCCAUCUACCAAUGGAAGGCAUCCUACUACCAAGACUCCUUGCGGAAGUGGGUCUACAAUGGAACAUUAACUGUCACUGCUGAGGCAAUCGUUUUCCAUGACGACCCAUCCAACACUGUCAUCACCAUCCAUUUUGAGGACAUCACAGCAGUAAAGCGGCGUACCUCGAUGCUCGUGUUCAGUGCUGUUACCAUAGCAACGCCAGAUGAAAUACACUGGUUCUCCUCCCUGGCAAACCCAAUGUCUGUCUACAAAACCCUCGAACACUUCUGGAGGGAAAGGCUCAUACCGAUAAAAAGGUCGCACAGUAAGGAAAUUGCACAAAGCAGUGAAGUGACGUCCAAACUCGGGCAAGAGAUGCUCAGUCUCAUGUACGACUCGUACGACACUCUCGGGGCAGCGGCAGACGAGCUUCUCCACCAAGGCGAGCAGCUGGACGAUGUCUACAGAACCGUGAGCGACAUCAAUCAGGACCUAGACGUGGCGGAAACGGUCAUCAGCGGGCUGGAGUCCUGGAUGGGACGGUGGAAAGCACCCGGCAAAAAGUCUCGGAAGUUUGCCCAAGACAAGGAGUUAGACUGGAAGGCUACUUUUGUUGAGUACAGCAUUCUGUAUGCAAAGAAAGAGAAAGAUCACUACUUGCCAGGAUCACUAACUGUGUCUAAAGAAAGUCUGGACAUUAAAGACUCAAAGAUGAAGCUACUCCAGUCUUAUAGCUUAAGAGAAGUUUCUUCCAUAGUGGCUUCGUCACCCUGGCGGGCAACCAUUAGGAAGAACAUGAUUGGCCAACCCGAUGUUGUGUAUCAUAUCUCGUCUGCUAAAAUGCCCCUCAUCCUACAAGCAUUGGACCAUGUGAUUGGUCCAAAGAUUGAGUAUGAAGAGCCAGAGGAGCUGGUCACAUGGGAGGGGUCACGUAAAACUGCCGCACGCACACCUACAGCAACAGUCCCAAGCACAGAUGACCUUCCCCUGUCCAGCAUUCUGGAGAAAGAACAGCUGACCAUGUCUGGACCAAUCACGCAGAGCCAGGGACAGAGAACUGCCCAAUCAGAGGAGAGCGUGGUUUCUGAGGCUGAAGCCAAAGAGAUCACCAAUGUCCUGUCUAGUCUGAAACUUCUGGCAAUGGAAACACAAAGUCAAAUCGACCUGCAGAAGGAAAAGAUAGAGUCUCUUGGUGAUGAAGUGGACAGAACCACUGGUAGGGUAAACAAAGAUACAAAAAGAAUGAAGAAAUUAAUGUAAUCCUCCAUAUAAAUCUAUAAUGCAGAUAUGUUUUUCAGCAUUACUAUAAACACACAGCUGUAUACACAGUGUUCCCCAACCAGAUGUAAGAUAGGCCAGUCUUAGUUUUGUUUUUGCAACAUUUAAUAUGUCUUUCUAUUAGUGCCCCUAUUUAAUUACUCUUCAUCUGCUAAAGAGUUUAAAAGGUGCACUUCUAGAAAGAUGUAGCAAAAAUAUUAAACACUGACAGAGACUGACCUCUAUUCUUACAUCUGCCCCAGCAAUACUUCAGUAAAACUACAAAGUAAGCUGCAUUGCAAGUAGUGAUUUAUGUAUACUGUAACAUAGAUGUAGAUGGUUUGCAUAAGGGAACAUAACUUAAAGGUUGCCAUAGUUGUCAUAGUUCUGUAAAUAUGUUGAAGAUUUAUAUAUAAAUACUACAUAAGUCUGUAUUAUAUAUGACAAAAAAUGUAUUGUUGUGAAAUGUAACACCAACAGCAAGUGUGUCUGAAAUAAACACUGAAAAGACUGAAAA